UGCCAAUGACUACAGUUUUCUCUGUGGUUGGUGGAAACAUCAGCGUUGGUUUGAGCGAGGAGCAGUACAACCAGGCCAGCGUGCUCAUACUUUACUUCCUCCAUGGUCAGGAGAGUGGGGUGUGCAAUUUGAAUUCCACAUUGCCAUUCAGCUUCUUUGCAGAUGCGUUUAUGAAGUUUCUGACCAGUCCACAUGGCUCCACUCCAACCAAUUACAGUACCCUUCAUCAGUGGGAACAUUACCUAGAAGAUGUCAACAAAACCUACACACCUAACACAGACCAGGGUGCUGCGGGGUGCGUGAGUGCGGAAGUGCUGUACCAACAGUCUGGGCUCAGUCUUACGGCAGGCGCCAGUGAAGAACAGUCUGAACACAUGGCAGCACUGCUGGUGUAUUACUUAGUUCAAGGUGAGUGUGUGGUGAUAUGACUAACCUGGGCCUUGGACAUAUUCAGGUGUGGAUCCAGAG